AUGCUGGAAGCAUCUUUCAAUGAGGCGGUGGAGCUAGCAGCCCUGAAGACGGAGUGCUUUACACACACAGCUGCCAGCCACGUAAGUUUCAAUCGCCGAAAGGUGACCAGCGAGAAAAACCGGGAGUUGGCGCUGGGAGACAUGCAGAAGAAACUGCGGGCGACGCAGAUCACCAUCGAGGAAAGCCGCGAGGUCUGCGACAGCCAGCGCCAGGUCGUGCAACACGUGCUCCCCCAGAUCAGCCAGGUGGCACGACUCCUGGAGCUCGAGUCCGAGCGCCUUCGCGAAGCCGGGCAUGCGUCGGAGGUCAGCGACUUCCCGACGAGGCCCUUGGCCCUGCCACCCCCCCUCGCGUGGGUUUCAUAA